GACCACUCAUUUUGACAAGUCUCUCGUGAUCGAUUCAACCAAAAUCUAUUUUUCGCUGUACAUGACUGUAAGAACACACCUGUAAUUGCUAUAUGGCACAGCAACAAGAAUCCAGCUCUUCCAGUGGCGGUUGUAACUGUUUUGGAAGCAAUGAGCGGUCCAUUGAGCCAGUGGAUAGCCCCAGAGCACCGGUAGACCCGGUGAUAACUCAGCCUAAACCAGAAAAUACAGUCAACGAGAAUUAUACUGCAACACCGGAAAAACCGGUUGUAAUCCAGCCAAAACCAAUAAAACCAGUUAACAACAACAACAAACCGAAGCCUAACGCUGUCCUGACACAUGGAAAUUUAAGAGAACGAGCCAAUCAGUUGAAGGCAGAGAAAGUGGAUUUGCAUAAACCUGAAAACAGAAAGGCUCACAAGACUGACGAAUAUGAGAUCAAAAAACUGAUUCUCCGAAGAGGACAGGCGUUUGACGUCACAGUAACGUUUAACAGAGAGUUCUCACCUCAGGCUGAUGUUAUCAUACUGCAAUUUGUCACUGGUGAUAAUCCUCAGGAAAACAAAGGAGGGAUCGAGCGAGUUAAAAUUCGAGAUGAACUCGUAUCGUCCAAAUGGGGAAUGCAAGUCAAACAAACAAAUGGAAAUACAGUUCGUUUGUUAGUCAUGCCCUCUGUGAAUGCUGCGAUUGGCUAUUAUGAACUGAUGGUGGAGACAAAAUCAAAAGAUUCCUCAGGGGACGUGUCGCUAUAUCGAUACAAACAUGAAGAAGAACAGAUUUGCAUCUUAUUCAAUGCGUGGUGUCAAGAUGAUGUGGUGUACAUGGAGAAGAAUGACGAUCUUGAAUUGGAUCCUGAUGAAUAUGUUCUAAGGGAAAGUGGCUCUAUUUGGAGAGGAAGCUGGAAGAGGUUUUUCGGAUUUCCAUGGAACUUCGGACAGUUUGAUGAUGCAGCUUUAAAUUCGGCUUUGUUCCUGUUGAAGAAGGCCGGCCUCUCCGUUACCGCGAUGUCCAAUGUUAUUCACGUGGUUAGGAAAAUGACACACAUGGUAAAUUCAACCCUCUUGGAGGGUAAUUGGGGUGAUCCGGAAGAUUUUGAAGACGGAACUGCACCCUGGGAAUGGAGUGGGAGUAUUGCAAUUCUGGAGCAGUUUUGGAAAGAGAAAGAUAUAGUUAAAUAUGGCCAAUGCUGGGUGUUCUCUGGAAUCCUAACAUCAUUGCUCCGAGCGUUAGGAAUACCGACCAGAAGUGUCACAAACUUUGAGUCUGCCCACGACACAGACAGCAGUUUGACGAUUGAUUACCACUUUGAUGCGGAUGGACGACCCGAUACAAGCCACAAUGAAGAUUCCGUAUGGAACUAUCACGUGUGGAACGAGUGUUGGUUCAAACGCGUUGACCUUCCUGAUGGUCAUGAUGGCUGGCAAGCGAUAGACGGGACACCUCAGGAAGAAAGUGGAGGCUUUUACCAGUGUGGACCUGCCUCAGUUAAUGCCAUUAAGAAUGGAGAGGUAUACCUCAACUAUGACACUGGCUUCAUCUUCGCCGAAGUGAACGCUGACAAAGUUUAUUGGGAGGUUCCGUUCUUAUUUAGCGGAGAAAUGAGAGCCAUUCAAACUGACAAGAUGGUUAUUGGCAAGAACAUCAGUACUCUAAAGCCUGGCACGAAUGGAGAAAGACAAGAUAUUACACGUCGCUACAAACAUCCAGAAGGUUCAGAGAAGGAGAGGAGUGUAGUGGAAUUUGUGAACAGAUUUAGCUCCAAAGCUGACCUCGAAAUAUAUGAGACCGCCGUAAAAGAUGUCACAAAAAGGCUUGAAAUAGCCGAUGAAGUGAAAUUUGGAGAAGACUUCAAGGCUACUGCUUUUGCUAAGAACGAAUCCAACGAGAGGAGAACAGUCACAAGCUAUCUUACAGCCAUUUUGGUGUUUUAUACUGGUAAAGCCGCUCGUACUCUAAAGGAAGCUAAGAACACUGUCGUUCUUGAACCAGGGGAAGAAAAAGGUGCAACAUUGGAAAUUUCAACCGCUGAAUUGAUAGGUAAGUCAGCAGCAGAGGCCAGCAUCAAAGUGUUCCUGAAAGGAACCGUCGAAGAAACAGAUCAGCGCUUUGCCAUUCAGGACGUGGUGGAAUUCAAGAAACCUGGGCUGAACUUAACGGCUUCUUCAACGUCUCCGAAGUUAAAUGAAAAAGUGACUGUGACGGUAUCAAUACACAACCCUCUUCCGAUUGACCUGACGAAAGGAAAGUUUCACUUUGAGAGCCGUUUGAAACCAAAGACUCUGAUAAUUGCUUGCAACGGACCCGUGCGUGCCAACGAGACAAAAGAGGUAACUGCGACCUUCCAAGCGGCGGAAAGACCUGGAUAUCGUAACUUAACGGUCACCUUUAAUUCACAAGAGAUUACAGGAGUGUCAGGAAAUAUCUUUUUUUAUGUUGAGGAAUAGAAAGAGUGCCUUUCGAUCGUGUGUCACACAGAAAAAAAUUUAACUUUUUAUUGCCACAAGUGAAAACAAGAAAUUGAGUCCAGUACAUGUAACCGUCCUCAACACCUUCGUGGGAAAACGUGUGGAUGCAAAACGUGAUUCGCUAGAAUGUUUUAUGUGAUAAGGGUGAGACCUUAGUGCGAGCAUGUGUCAGACCGAACAUAAGCUAGUCACAAAACAAAACCCAGGUUGGUGUUAAAAUGAUUUCAAACCUCAAUCGAAAACCACCAAGAUAUAAUUGUAAGUGAGAUUAACAGUUAUUGUAAUUUUCUUGUUUCCUUGUGCGCAAACAUACAAAUUUUGUUAAAAUUAUAAAGUUUCUAAACAUGAGCAUAUGUACAAGCAGUCAAGAUACAUAAUUUUUGUUAACGCUCUUGUAAGCGUUUCGAUCUCGAGAUUGGGCGCUCUUCAUAUUGAGCGACCUUGAAUUUUUAACGAUUCAAGCUAUAUCCCAACUUAAAAUUAUAUGACACUUGUCAAUGUGACAUUAAAG